AUGGGACCUAUCAAACACAAAGCCCUCAUCAACGUGGAUCUAGGAGAAGGGUUUGGAAAUUGGACAAUCACUUCAGAUGAAGAUUUGCUUCCGUUCAUUGAUCAUGCUAAUAUUGCCUGUGUGACCCCCCUCAUAAUGAUGGAAACCGUUCGCAGCUGCAAGGAACACGGCGUGAAAAUCGGAGCACACCCCGGCCUACCAGAUCUCCAGGGCUUCGGCCGUCGCGAAAUGAAACUUUCACAAGACGAACUCACCGCAAUCACGGUUUACCAAAUUGGCGCGCUCAAGGGGUUCUUGGACCGGGAGGAAGUCCCUCUUCAUCAUGUCAAGCCCCAUGGGUCACUUUAUGGUAUGUGCUGCAGAGACUACGAGGUUUCCAAGGCCGUCUUCAAGGCCGUGCCCAAGGGUGUCAAAGUGUUCGGGCUUCCAGGAACUUUCAUGGAACAAGCGGCCAAGGAUUUAGGGCUCGAGUUUGUCGCGGAAUUGUAUGCGGAUGUCAAGUACAAUGCGGAUGCGUCUCUUCUGAUUGAGCGGAAGAAGAAGGCUUGGGAUCUUGCUGAAGUCCGAAGACGUGUUUCACAGCAGAUGGAAACAUGCACUGCUGUUGCGAUUGACGGAUCAACCUGCGACUUACCUGUUAAGGAUCAUCCCAUCUCCAUUUGCUGUCAUUCUGACGUUCCUGGGUGCUUGGAGCUGGUCCAGGAAACACGAGCCGUUGUCGAUAUUUUUAACAAGGCUUACUUCCCUGGCAAGUAA